AAGCUUCGUGAUCCUUCAGUGGCUGUCCUUCUCGAAUGGUGUUCGAGAUUCAAAGUGUGAAAGGAGAGUGUAUAUAUCAUAGCAAUGCAAAUCUUUACGAGUCUUCUUUUAUCAACUAUCCUGGCGACAGCCACUGCGCAGCCUGUGGCAUCCACUCCCGGGACCAUUACGAAUGCACCACAUGCUGUACCAACCGCUACAUUCACCCUCACCGCGCAAAUAACGACCUACACCGAAGCCGCCGCCGGCCACGGCCCCGGCGACGUAGGCAUAACCAUCGACCCGGAGCUCGCCAAACAACUCGACGACUCCCUCACCGACCACCCAGGUGACUGCCUCGGCGGACAGCGCUUCGCCACACACCACCCACACCAACGGCUUACCGGCCUCUCCGGCACCAUCUGCGGCCUAGAAUCCACGAUCGCCAACAUCGCCCUCGCAGCGGGGGUGAUCCCCGUGCUAGGCGCGCAGCCCCCGCCGCGCAUCAUCCGCGGGGACGCCGAGCGGGCCUUGGCGGCUACGAAGUCGUUCGCCGGCCGGCACGCGACGGCGCUGAACGUGUCGCCGGACGGGGCGGGUCGGCUCGCAGAGUUCCUGUUCCCGCUUGUGUGGCUGAAGGUUGUUGAGGGGAGGCGGGUUCAGGGUGUGAAUCUGGUGGAGGCUAGUUUGGUGGAUUCUUCAUAG